CCCGGCGCUAGGGUUUCCCCCCGCCGACGACGAGCCCUCCCCAGCCAGCCGCCGGCCGCCUUCCCCACGCUGCACUCCGUCCCAAUUGCGCCUUCCAUUCUGCCACCCGGACCUACCUACCUAGCCAGCCAGCCAGCCAUCCACCCAAUCGAUAGAUCGCCGGCUGCAGCGUCGAUCCCUUCGCGAGUCGCCGGGGCCGGAGCAGCGACAGCGAGCGCUCUUCCUCGCGUCGCGCCGGUGGUACUUGGCAUCCUCUGUUCAAAAAAAGAAAAAAGUCCACCACCGUGUCGCCUCCGGCUCCGCUGGCAAUCCCUGACCAGAGCUAGCAAAGCAAAAGAUGCUCCACCGCGUCGCUCCGUCACUCCGCCGAGCCCUCGCCUCGUCCACGGCUCCCCUCCGCGGCGCGCGCCUCCCGGACCCUCUACUCCCGUCUCCGCACGCCCAAUGGCGUCGCUGUGCUUCCGCCGCCGCGUCCGCAUCCUCCUCGUCGCUCCCGCCGUCUCCCCCAUCCCCGCCUCAAGGCCCGUCGCGGCACGGGGGCGGAGGAUCCUCUACCUCGUCGCUGAACCCCGCUGAGGUGGCCAAAUUCGCCUCCAUCGCCGAGACCUGGUGGGAUUCUCAAGGUCCAUUCAAACCAUUGCACUUGAUGAAUCCAGCACGGCUAUCUUUUAUCCGCUCCACACUCUGUAGACAUUUCAGGAGGGAUCCAUAUUCAGCUAAGCCACUUGAAGGUCUUAAACUUAUCGAUGUCGGAUGUGGAGGUGGCAUUCUCUCAGAGCCUCUUGCUCGAAUGGGAGCUACAGUUACUGGGAUUGAUGCUGGUGACGAGAAUAUAAAGAUUGCACAUAUUCAUGCCGCAUCUGAUCCAACAACUGCUUCCAUUGAGUAUUGCUGCACAACAGCUGAGGAUUUGGUAAAAGAGAACAGGCAAUUUGAUGCUGUAAUUUCCCUUGAGGUGAUUGAGCACGUUGAUAAUCCUCUGGAGUUCUGCAAAUCUCUAUCGGCCUUGACAGUUCCCAAUGGCGCCACUGUUCUUUCUACCAUUAAUCGGUCAAUGAGAGCAUAUGCGACUGCCAUCAUUGGUGCUGAAUAUAUUCUCAGAUUGCUUCCUAUAGGCACGCAUGAGUGGUCCAAACUAGUCACCCCAGAGGAGCUAGUCCUAGCGCUGCAAAGAGCCUCGAUCUCUGUAGAAGAAAUGUCAGGGUUUGUCUAUAAUCCGUUUACUCAAGGGUGGUCUCUGUCUGAUGAUAUUAGUAUAAAUUACAUUGCUUACGGCAUAAAAAGAAGCGAAACACCGUCAACGAUUUCACAGUAGCAAGAUAAUGGGUGGAGAAAGGAUCGUCUGUGCACCUUUGGAACAUUUCUUGGAAGCAAAACUUAUGCAACUCCAUAUUUUAUCAGGGAUCUCACAAUCAAGUAGCACCAAGAAGAGAUUGUCCUUUUGCGUUAUCCCCAGGAACAGGAAACACGGAGUAGUCUUGUUUUCUUUGAGAAGUUGAUGGGAGAGAACAGCUACCAUGUAGGGCUGCUUAAGUUUCCACAGUUUGUAAUAAAAGUAUGUUUCAGGCAAGUUUAUCGAGUUCAGGGUAAUACCUUGCAUCUAAUCUAGUACAUCAAGGAGAGCAGGAAGUUAAGCAAGGAAUAUUGUUUUUGGCUGUCUUUAUGUCAACAGGUAGUAUACACAAUUAUAUUUGUAUAUUGUUUACACUUGGCUAAGCUGAUAAUUUGGUAGUGUAUUUAUUGCUUCCGAUGCCA